GGGAGCGGCGCGUCCGUCCGCCGACGCGACGGAUCCCGUUUAAAGGACUUUAAAAUAAAACGUCCGUUCUGGGACUUUAAUGUCAUCUUCUCGACAGAGAUUUAUAGAUUCAAAUGUUUUGUGUUGUAUUUCUCUCAACUAAACGAUCGCUGCCUCAGUAGAUUAUCAUUAUUAUGUCGAGCUGAUAUAGUGAUAUAUUGCACGUUUUAAUGAGCUAAUGGGUCUCAUUGAGUUUUAUACUCGUUAGACGCCUUUUUCGAUGUUAUGACCAUUUUACUGGCGUUCUGUUUUAUUUAUUACCAUAUAAAUGACAAAGUGUGUGUGCAACAUUAUGUUUUUUCUCCUUUUAAAAAACAUUUUUCUUUAUUUGUUUAUUUGCACUCAUUGUUUCCUUUUCCACGAGCACUACUUGCCCCAGCCGUCUUCCUCCUCGCCAUCGGGUGGAGGAAGGGAAGAAGAAGGAGGUGGAGGAGGUCUGUACCUGGAUGCCUAUGAGGUGUCUUUCCCUCUGGAGGAAAGCAUGGAGAGGCCUCCUGCGUAUCACCUGAACCAGGGUCAGCAGAUGGACGAGCCCGUGGUGCAGGAGCCCCCUCACUCUCCGUACAGCCCGUUCAUCCUGGUCUCCAACCUGCGAGCUCACCUGUACGUCACUCUGGAGAAGAACGCCUGGCUGCAGAAGCGCAUCGAGGAGCUGGAGGAGGAACGCAACUUCCUGCGCUGUCAGCUGGACCGGUUCAUCGUCAGUUUGAGGGGUCCAGAGGAGUGGUGUGGGGACGCCCAGCGCGGUGUGAAGGUCCAGCCUGCCAGCUCCCCCUCCCCUCCCUCCCCCAUGACCACCAGGUCCGGGAUGACCCUGAAGCGGCUGCAGGGUUCAGGCCCCCGGACCCGUCGCAGCACCGCCGUCCCCGUGAAGCAGGAGUUUCACCUGGAGGAGGACAAGUACUACACCGAGGACGAGUACGUGGAGGAGGAAGAGGAGGACGACGAGGACGAGGACGAGGACUCCUCGGCGGAGAAGGGGUCGAAGAAGAAGGGCCGAGGGCGAGGCAACGCGGAACCGAGGAUGAAGAUGAGAAGGAUCUUCAGGAUCACCCACGGCAGGGAGAGACAGAGAGUUAAAGACCCCGAGGGGGUCAUGAUCCGCUACAAGAAGAUCCUGGCCACCUACCAGCGGGUGAGGAGCAUGUCCCGGGCCUUCCAGAUCCACGGCGUGGACCGGAACACCAUGGCCUCCACCUCCCCCAUCGCGGAGCUGCUGCUGAUGGCUCCCGAGAAGGUGGCCGAGGUCGGGGAGUUUGAGGCAUCGAAGGAGAAGCUGUUGGAUUACGCCCGGCGGUGCUACAAGACCAUGGACGACCAGACGCACGCCAAGGUCCAGACCAUGAAGAAGACCCACAAGCUGCUGCCCAUCUCUUACAGGUUCAGGAACUGACCGUCACGCGGCAGGUUCGUCUUUAUUUCGAAACCGCUUCCACUUUCGUUUUGUAUCGCCUUUAAAAUAAGGAGAAGAAAUGAGAAGAUCAGAUACCAAAAGUAACAGGAGUGAUUUGCAAAUAAGCUGCUUGAUUUAUAUUUAUUGUUUUUCCUUUUUAUUUAUGGUUUCGGCUUUUUUUUUAUGUCUCUGCUGUAGUGAAGAUAUUUAUUUGAGGGCACGGCUACUUUUUUUACUCUUUUCUCAGGAAUAAUCUGAAGUUAUAUUUCAUCUCGAAGACACAGUAUGUCGUUGGAAACAAGUUUAAUUUCAAAGGCUUCUGAAAUCAGAGCAGCAAACGUGUCAGUGUGAGCGAGUAUUUACAGAUUGUUUAUGGAGACCUUCCCUUUUUUUGUUCUGUACCGAAAAGAGAUAUGCAAAUGUAUUUGUCUUUUAUUCAUUUUCGACACAGUAUUUUUGCACUGAAUUUGUUAUUAUUUUGUCAAAUAUUUGCGUUUGUUUGUGCCUUCGUCAGAUGUUGUGAUCUUGUGAACCGUACGCCGUUAAAAGGUUUCAAGUCUCAUCGUAAAAGAAAAUAAAUCACUUUAAAUGUAA